UAAAAUAUUUACCUUAAACUGUAUAUAAUUUUUUUUUUGUACAAUUAAAAUUUCAGCAUAUAAAAACACGAUCAUACUUGUCUGUGUAAUCCACAUCUCAAGCUUAUCUCUCUUUGUCACUCUCUCUCUCUUUCCCUGAUGGGUCUUCCGACAGAUUUUAAGGAGCUUCAGAUUCCGGGAUACGUACUUAAGACGCUUUACGUCAUCGGUUUCUUCAGAGACAUCGUCGAUGCUCUUUGUCCUUACAUCGGCCUACCCCAGUUUCUAGACCACGAGGUUUCUCGACCCGACCCGAUCCAACCCGCAAGCUCCACGGCGGCGAGUCUCGCAGAUAAGGUUUCCCCGGUGGUUUGUUUCUCGGAUCUCCAGACCGAUCUUGAAGACUGCUGCACGGUGUGUCUCUCCGAUUUUGAAUCCGAUGAUAAGAUCAGGCAGCUUCCGAAUUGUCGACACGUGUUCCAUCACCGUUGCUUGGACCGUUGGAUCGUCGAUUGUCACCAGAUGACGUGUCCGAUUUGUCGGGAUCGGUUCUUACCGGCCGAAAAAUACGCGCGGAUGAAUUCGGGUUCUGGUUUGGUUUGGUACAGUGUCGAACCAACUGAUGUUGAUUUUUAAAUUUGUUCGUGUGUGUCGGCACGAUCUUUUUGCUGUAUAAUUCAACUAUAACAUUAUGUAAAUAUCUAAUCAAAUAUUCCGAGUUUGUAUAUUUACGUAUGUUCCAAUUUGUUUCGUUGUAAAAAAAAAAUAUUAAAACAUAUCAAUUUUUUGGUA